AUGGAUAGAAUCAGCAGUCUAUCAAAUGAUAUCAUUAGUAACAUCGUAUCUUUCCUUUCGGCAAAAGACGCUGCUGUCGCAUCGGUUCUCUCAAAGAGGUGGCAAAAUAUCUAUACCAUCGUACCAAAUCUUGAGUUUGAUAACACACUUGAGAAUCAAGGAAGUUUGACGGAUUUCUUGAAUGGUUUGCUGGCUCUUCCGGCCAGUACCCGCAUAAAGAAUGUCUCUAUAAAACGUCGCGGGCGUGAUGGACCAAAUCGUGAUGCUGAUCUCAACCGUUUUCUCUGUAAUGUGCUGAAGCGUGGUGUCUUGAAGCUUAAACUUGAUAUAUGGGUUACCCUCGACGGAAGAUAUUCACUACCUGUUGAAGUCUUCACUUGCAAGACGCUUGUUGAGCUUGAACUUGGGUCUAUUUUACAAAUUGAUCUUGUUCCUGAGAAUGCUCUUCUUCCGGCGCUUAAGACUCUCAUUAUUGAUGCAGUUCAAUUCUCUGAUCAAUCUGGUUGUGCGUUCCAAAAGCUUCUGUCUUCUUGCCCUGUGCUUGUAGAGUUAAGGAUGCUUAAUGUGCAAUGGGAGCAUUGGCAAUGGUCUCGCAGAGUGUCUAGUCCAACCCUAGAGAAACUUACUAUGAACCACAGAUAUCACUUUGGUAAUACUUAUUAUGAUAUGGAGGGCAUUACUUUUGAUACUCCGAGUCUAACCAGCUUAAAGUACUAUGAUCUUCCUCCGAAAUCAUAUCCGACGGUUAAUCUCGACUCCCUUGUUGAAGCUACAAUCUCUCUUACGUUGCCACUACAUCACGCCUGGACCGGAAAACAUGCACGUCGUGGUGAUACUGUUCCAAGCGUAACCAAUCUGAUCAAAGGGUUAAGAAACGUUGAGACCUUGAACUUAUCAAGUACUGAUACUGUGGCUGCGUUUUAUUUCUCCAAUGAAGCAAUCCCAGUAUUUGAAAACUUGCAUCGUUUAUCUAUUGCAACUGAACGUGAAUUCUGUUGGCGAACUCUGCCAUAUCUGCUGAAGAAGUCUCCAAAUCUAGAGUCUCUCGUCAUUGGGGGUCCCUUGCACUACAAUUAUCAGUUGGGCGAUGGUUAUGAGUCUGAGGAGAUUUAUUCUGAAGAUGAUGAUGAGGAGGAAUCGGAGUCUGACGAUGAUGAGCCUAUUUGUGAGUGCUUGUCAGAUUAUUCUUUCCUAGAGUCAUGUCUUGUGAAGACCGUAGAGAUAAGCGAGUACAGCGGAACUAAAAUAGAGUUGAAGCACAUGAAACAUUUCCUGGAGAAAUUGUCAUGUCUUGAGCUUGUCAAAGUUUUUUCUCAUGAAAGAGAUGAAGAGGAACAUGUUCAACUCAGAACCAAUCUGCUGAAUCUUCCUAGAUCGUCUAAGUGCAAGACCCAGUUCGAGUUUAUUCCUCCUCGUAGCUCUGUUUGA